AUGACGCCUCCUAGUCUCUCCUUUGUCCUUCACCAAUCUCGACCAUCACCCUGCCCCACCGGCACACCACCGACGGACACCGAUCCCGAUCAGACAACCGACUCAGUCCCAGAUUAUUUGGCAGACGAUGCAGACCUCAAAACGAAGGCGCUUAUCAAAAAUCUCUUCAGGGAAUAUGAGGAUAAAUUGACAGGGUUGAAUUCGGAAUUCAAGAUCGUGCUGCAGCAGGAAGGUCUGAGGGGGGACGUUGCCGAGGACAUCGUUAGGGACCUGAUGGAGAGCGGAGAGAAACUGCUCAAGGACAGAUACUCAGAGCUUUUUGUGAUACAGGUUGAUCAGGCGCGUUCUCGAAAGCGCAUUCGUGCGACUGGUGACGAGGGAUCUGUUCAUCAAAUCGUCCGGUCCAAACGACGUUCGACGGGGCACUACUCUCACAGGCAAAGUUUGGAAGAAAGCUAUCAAGAAACCCCGGAAAAAGCCCACGAAGCGGAUACAAGAGAAGCGACAUCUGUGGAGAAACCUCGUCGACCUUCAAGAAGAUCGAUGGCAAGCUCGUUUAGAAGCAACAUUUCCAUCGAUGAAGAUCUAGAACUUGAUGACAUGGGCAUGUCAUUCCAGCUUUCAUCUCACGCAGCAUCAAGCUCGGCUUCUACCUCAACGGCCAGUCGGUCAUCAUCCUCGAGCACGCUGGCUUCUCGUUCCAUUCAAGAAAGCAAGAGUAACAAAGAACGAAAAGAAGCAGGAGCUGAGCGCAUCGAUGAACUCCUCAAAGCCCUCCUUUACUUGCUUCGAGGAUUCCUUGGGGAGCACGAGGAGUAUUCAAGAGGUCGAAAUCAAGCUCUUACGAUUGCCAAGGUGUACAGUGAGGCCUGUGAUGUCAACGGAUUUGUGGAAUCUAUACUCAAGUCUGGACUCAAGAAGUACAGGGACUCUGGAAACGACUUGAAUCGACUGGACGACUCCUAUAGGAACAAGAAAAAACCUGUGCAGCAUCGCACGACCUACAGAGGAGGGAGAGCUGGCACGGGUUCACACCGGUCAUCGAUCAGUCGUGACUGA